CUUCUCGCAAUGAACAUGUCUGACAAAAGGCAGAUUAGGCAAGGGGUGCAUCAGGAAUGUGUCUCAAAGCCAUACUGACUUUUCUUAGACUUGUGCUAUCAGUUACCUCGUCAUUUUCUGUGUUGGCUAUACGGAGUUUGAGUUCAGCCAGCAACAACACAAAAGCUACAACCAGGUGACUCACGCGUCCAGCUCGUGACUCACUCCUGUCCAGCUGACCUACAAACACAUUGCCCCAGUUACGAAACCGCGUACAUCCCACUCAGUCAGAGGUUUGAGCUCCUGCUCCCUCCCACAGGGUAUGUACCAAUAUGCACGGAGCACAUUUUCACAGAUGCCAUCAGAGAACAAGCAUAUGAAUUACCAGGCAGCCUGCCAUCUUUGAGUUCAGACAGAAUGCCAUUAAUACCAGAUGAAGAGCCCAAACAACAACAGCACAACAACAUGAAAGCCCAAAACAACUGGGACCAGCUGUGCUAAAUAGCCGUAAUCAGGCUCUUAUCACCUCAUCUGGAAAUCAAAGAGCGAACUGUGUUCCGCCAUGGGCAUUACGACACUACAAUUGUUUUUGCUAAUGGCCGUCCUGGCCACCGUUGGAAUAUGUCACAAUAAUGGAACAGAGGAAGCCUUUCAAAACUCUACUACCUCCAAAAUCAUUGUGCAUAAAGGUCUCCAGCCCACCACCAGAAAAUCCCUUCUGGAUAACAAUACCAGUGCGAAGCGGCAUCCACCCUGCAAGGAACCCACUUCCAUCAAGCUCUGUUUUAAGUAUAUUAACACAAUUAUUUCCUGUGCCGUGUUUGUGGUGGGAAUAGUGGGCAACGCCACCUUGCUGAGGAUUAUUUACCAAAACAAGUGUAUGAGGAACGGGCCCAACGCCCUCAUCGCCAGCCUGGCUCUUGGAGACCUCAUCUACAUCACCAUAGACAUCCCUAUCAUUGUCUACAAGCUACUUCUCGCAAAAUGGCCAUUUGAUGACAACCCAUUUGGACUCUUCCUGUGUAAACUGGUGCCUUUCCUUCAGAAAGCGUCUGUUGGGAUUACAGUACUCAAUCUGUGUGCUUUGAGUGUGGACAGGUACAGGGCCGUAGCGUCCUGGAGCAGAGUGCAGGGGGUCGGAAUUCCCCUCUUUACCGCAAUUGAGAUCUUCUCCAUCUGGGUCCUGUCCAUCAUCUUGGCUGUGCCAGAGGCAGUGGCCUUCAACAUGGUCACGUUCACCUACAAGAACCAAACCAUCCACACUUGCAUGCUCAAGUCUGACAUUAACUUCAUAAAGCUCUAUGCAGAUUGGAAAGACUGGUGGUUAUUUGGCUUUUACUUCUGCGUGCCACUGGCCUGCACAGCUGUUUUCUACACCCUCAUGACAUGUGAAAUGCUCAACCACAGAAAUGGAAGCAUUCGGAUUGCCCUCAGCGAACACCUUAAACAGCGGCGUGAAGUGGCUAAAGCAGUCUUCUGUUUAGUGCUGAUCUUUGCUCUUUGCUGGUUCCCUCUUCAUCUCAGUAGACUGUUGAAGAAAAUGAUUUAUGUUUCAACUGAUGAAAGACGUUGCGACCUAUUCAACUUCCUGUUGAUCAUGGAUUAUUUUGGCAUGAACUUGGCUACUGUGAACUCCUGCAUCAACCCCAUCAUCCUCUACUUUGUGAGCAAGAAGUUUAAGAAUUGCUUUAAGUCCUGCUUGUGCUGUUGGUGUUACACCAGGAACCAGGUAUCCAGCUCAGGACCAAUGAACGGCACCAGCAUUCAGUGCAAAAACCAUGAGCCCGGCAACCUCAACACUGACCGGAGCCUCCGCAAAUACAGUGACUGAGAAGUGAAGGACUCGCUCCAGACAAUCUAGAUGCUUAAAAGCGGACACCAUCGUGUCAAACUUUGAGGUGGAAAACAUUGUAACCAUUCAUAUGAAACUAAAGUUCCUGUGCUCGGCGCAGCAUCAGGUUGUUUUUAUAUAUAGCUUCAUGGACCUGAUAUAUUUAAAGUCUCCCGCAGAUCUCCAGCAGCUGUUCCCAGACUUUCAAAGGGUUGUUUUGUUGUGUGAGAAGUGGUGGGAGUGAAGACCAACAGCGACAGGAUGCAGUUGAACCUAACAGCCACAAAUUAACCCUCAACAGGAGUUUGACAUGUUUUCCUUUUGUAAAUGCUACACUAUGAACAUGCUCCGGAUCGUCACUGUCCGACGUGAAAGGAAGUUGCAGAAAGGAAGAGUAAAGUGGCAAGGGUCAAUCUGUGUUUGCUGUGUUCCUUCCUAUAAGCUUUGCCAAAGAAACUCCCAGCUUGCUGCUGAGGAGGCACCUUAUCUUUCAAAUUCAAUGUCCGGUUGUUAUUGUUAGCACACUCAAUGCAGAUAUGGAAGCAAGGCUAGUUUGUAAAACAGGAACUUUCAGGUUGCCUUAAUCUUUAUUUAGUUGUUAAAUGAAUCAUAUUGUGCGCUGGACGUCACCUCUGUUUUUUUAGUGAGGUAGGAAGAUAAUCAAAAUAAGCCUUUGUGUUUGAAUGCCAAAUUAAGUUUACUGUAUAUAUGCUUGUUUAAGAUAAAAAUGUAAGCUCAGAAUUAAAUUAAAUAUCAAAACAUGAACCUAAUACAGCAAAUGUGAAAUGAACCAGCUGGAUUCAAUUCUAGCAAUAAGGAGGCAAAGGAAACUUUGACCUUGCUGGGAUUUAAGAGUAAUUUCUAGGAAUGCAUCCAACUGCAACAAAUGCUGUGUUAUAGUGUAAAGAAAAAAAAAAUGAGCAUAAGGGCGCGGGAAAAAGGGGCCUUUCUGUAAUCAAAACAAAACGCCCAAGAGAUACAAACAUAUCUUUGCUUUUUUUUUUUUUUUUGACACUGUGAAUUUUCUGUGAAGAGAACUUAUACAUGCUAUUAACCUUGCAAACAUUAAUAUUAUUACUAUUUAAUGGCCUCAGUAUUUGUAUAUCAUCUGUAUUUUAAGUUGAUGUAUUUGCUGUUGUAGCAAAAACGUACAGUACUGCUCAAAAGUUUCGGGUCAGUAAGAUUUUUUUAUUUUUUUUUAAUUAAUAUUUUUCUUCAGGAAAUAAAGAUGCAUUAAAUUGAUCAAAAGAAAUAGUAUUAACUUCAUUAAACAUUACAGGAAUAUAUUACAUUUUAAAACAUUUUCAAAUAAACUGUUUAUAACGAUUACAAAAUUACUAUUAUUUACAAAUCUAACAAAUGCAGCUUUUUCUAAAAAACAAACUUUAAAAAUCCUACAGGCCCCAAAUGUUUGAUAGGUAGCGGAUACAGAAUUUUAAGAAAUUCAUUUUCUUCUCAGUGUUGAAUCUAAUAUGAAUGACAUUAUACACUUUCUGACAGAGACCUACACUGUAAAAAAACAAUUUGUCGAGUCAACUUAAAAUAAUUUGUAACCUGGCUGCCUUAAAAUUUUAAGUUCAGUCAACUCAAAAAAAAGUUUAUUUAACUUGAAAUGUUAAAUUAUACUAAGUGACAACUUAUAUAUUUGAGUUGAAUCAACUUCAAAUUUUAAGGCAGCUGGGUUACUUACCCAUCUGUUAAGUUUAGCAAACACAAAUUACUAAGUUGUUACUUAGUACAACUUAACAUUUCAAGUUGACUAAACUUAUUUUAGUUGACUGAACUUAAAAUUUUAAGGCAGCAGGGUAACAAAUUAUUUUAAGAUGACUCAACAAAUUGUGUUUUUUAUUUUUUACAGUGUAUGUAGGUCUUGUUAAUUUGGCGUGUUGAUAAAUAUAAAGAAAAUGACAUUUUGUAGUGGAAUCUGAUUUCACAGAUUAUCCUUAUGUUAAACAUGUACUGGUCUUCAAUAUCACCACUGAGUGAGGAAUGUUGCACAUUUAUUAUAAAAAAAAACAAAAAAACAAUAGCUCUGUUUACUCUGUAUGCUAGACUAUAGAUUGUUUUACAUAUCAUGAAUGACUGGUUAAACAAAACACAUUUCUUCUCAUAGACUGUUAUAACUUCAGUUAAAUUUUCUAGAUAAGCUGCUAGUUAUUUUAGAGUAUUGGACCAGGCUAUUGAUUCAACCACUUAAAGCAAUGUUAUCUUAUCUCUAAGUGUAAUGAGGUUUCAGUCCUAAAAGGAGAAAGGUGCCUUGUGACAGCUGUCUGUUUUUGGCCUGGGAAGAAGCUCCAGCUUGGGAGUGAUUUAUGAUGUACUUUGACUCACCGGGCAACACGGCCCCUCUAGGUCAUCUGUGUCAACCCAGAGGAUGUGAACCGGGCACACUAGAAGAUUAGAUGUAAACUAUGGAGCUUAUACCAUCAUCUGUCUGCAGUGUCAGUUUAGCAAGUGUUUAUUUAGACAAAAGUACUCUAUACUGGUUUGGACAAAUAAAUGUGUUUUUUAUUUGCCUGUGUGGACUUUUCUAAGUAAAUAAAGAAGUGCAUAUAAUGGA